AUGGCACCUACAUUCGUCUCAGAAGACAGGCUGACGUCGGGCCACCGACUGUCGCAUCCGGAACCUGGAGAUGAAGUCCUCAUCACCGGCAUCUCUGGAAGCUUCCCUGAUUCGGAUUCUGUAGAACACUUGCAAGAAAAUUUGUUUAAUAAGGUGGACCUCAUAUCAGGGGACAGUCGUCGUUGGAAGAUGAAUCAUCCUGAGAUCCCGCAGCGUACCGGGAAAAUCAACAAUAUUAACAAAUUUGACGCCUCCUUCUUUAACGUGCGUUUUAAGCAGGCACACACUAUAGAUCCAAUGUGUAGAGUCCUUAUGGAGAAAACAUAUGAAGCUAUUAUAGACGCAGGUUUCAAUCCAAAGGAACUGCGUAACACCAAGACAGGUGUCUUUAUCGGUGCUUGCUUCUCAGAAUGUGAGAAGACAUGGUUCUACGAUAAAAUGCACGUCAAUGCGUUCGCUAUUACUGGCUGUUCCCGAUCCAUGUUAGCCAACCGUAUCUCCCACUGGCUUGGAGUAACUGGUCCUUCCUACACUGUGGAUACAGCUUGCUCCAGUUCUCUGUACGCCAUGGAACACGCAUUCAGAGCCAUACGUGAUGGCCUCUGUGACGCAGCCAUUGUUGGUGGAACGAACUUGUGUCUUCAUCCUAACGUAUCUUGGCAUUUCUUCAAAUUGGGCGUAUUAUCAGCUGAUGGAAGAUGCAAAAGUUUCGACAACAAUGCAAAUGGCUACGUUCGUUCUGAAGCAAUUGCUGCUUGUUUGUUACAAAAAGCUAAGGAUUCAAGAAGGGUUUAUGCUCAAAUCCUUCACGCUAAGACUAACUGUGAUGGGUACAAAGAGCAAGGUAUCAGCUACCCAGCUGGUGAAAGCCAGAAGUUACUCCUCAAGGAAUUUUAUGAAGAGUGUUCUAUCCCACCCAGCACCCUCGAAUUUGUAGAAGCUCAUGGAACAGGUACAAAAGUAGGAGAUCCCGAAGAACUUAAGGCUAUUGAUGAAAUAUUCUGUACUGGGCGAUCUGAAACUCUUAUGAUUGGUUCUAUUAAAUCUAAUUUGGGGCACAGUGAACCGGCGUCAGGUCUUUGUUCUGUUGCGAAGCUCUGCAUCGCCUAUAAGACAGGAUAUAUUCCUCCGAAUCUACAUUACAAAACUCCAAGAGUGGGUAUCUUACCCCUAACGGAGGGUAAACUCAAGGUGGUAACGGACAAGCAGUCUUGGGGCAGAGGAAUGUCUGGUAUCAACAGCUUCGGUUUUGGGGGUGCCAACGUCCAUGUCUUGCUCAAGAAUUUCGCGAGAUCGAAGGUUAACAAUGGAAUACCAACAGAUGAUCUACCUAGAUUGGUCUGUGUAUCAGGUCGUACUGAAUCAGCUGUGGCUAAGAUUCUAGAUGACCUUGAAUCGAGGACGGUUGACGCAGAACUAGUUAGACUUUUACACGCGAUACACGAUGAAGACAUCACGGGCCAUGAAGCUAGAGGGUACACGUUGUUAGGUUCGACACCGAUAAAGAGCGUGUCACUUGCUAGAAAUAUCCAAUACUUCUCCCCUGUACGACGUUCAGUGUGGUUCAUUUAUUCGGGUAUGGGUUCCGAGUGGCCAGGAAUGGCUACACAGCUCAUGAGGGUCCCUGUAUUUGCUGCUGCUAUUGAAAAAUGCCACAAGGCUUUAGAGUCUAAAGGAAUAAAUUUGACCAAGCUGAUAACUGAAACAGACCCUAAGAUACACGACAACAUCCUCAACGCUUUCAUCGGUAUCGCCGCUGUUCAGAUAGGUCUUACGGAUGUCCUGAAAGCUGUUGGGAUUGAACCCGACUUCAUUAUUGGUCACAGUGUGGGUGAAUUAGGUUGCGCGUACGCAGAUGGAUGUUUCACAACGGAACAAAUGAUGCUUUCAGCAUACAGUCGAGGUCUGGCUUUAAUUGAGACUCAGUUUAUUAAGGGAUCUAUGUUUGAUGUGGGUCUAGGAUAUAGUGAUAUCAAAACAAUAGUUCCACCUAAAAUUGAAGUGGCUUGCUAUAAUGGACUUGAUUCCUGUACAAUUUCUGGACCAGCGGACCAUAUGAAGAUUUUUAUCGCGAAACUUGUUGCACAAGGAACCAAGGUCAAGGCAGUGCCUUCCUAUAACAUCGCCUUACAUUCGCAGUAUAUCGCUGAAGCCAGACCAAAACUUCUUAAAUACCUGAAGGAAGUGAUUUCAACACCAAAAAAAAGAUCAGAGCGCUGGCUUUCCACUUCUAUUAAACAAUCCUGUUGGAAAGACCCUAAAGCUGAGACGUCCUCAGCUGAGUACCACACCAACAGUCUCCUGAGUCAAGUGCUUUUCGAGGAGACGGCUCGUUUAAUCCCUGCAAAUGCGAUCACUAUAGAGAUCGCCCCACAUGGUCUCCUGCAGGCAAUUUUGCGUCAAUCCCUCAAGGAAGAUAUCACUAACAUUUCUCUUACUGAGAUCAAUCAGGACAACGUACAGGUUCUGUUUACGGCCCUGGGCAGAUUGUACGAAGCCGGUCUGAACCCACACUUAGCCAACAUUUACCCGACUGUAAAGUUCCCAGUUUCCCAAGGAACACCGAUGCUAUCACACCUCGUUGAAUGGCAACACAAUGAGCAAUGGUACGUAACGACGUAUACGGCCCAAGAAAAAGUUAAAUCAUGUGAAAGGACAGUCGUAAUGACUCUUAGUGAUGAACAAAGCGAGUUUUUGUUCGGCCACGUCAUCGACGGUCGUAAUUUGUACCCUGCAACUGGUUAUUUAGUGAUGGUUUGGGAAACCCUCGGUAUGACGAUGGGGAAAUUGUUCUCAGAAGUGUCCGUGGUAUUCGAAAACGUUCGAUUCCAAAGAGCUACAAACGUCCCUAAAGAUGGAAACUUAGAGUUCAUUGUAAUGAUACAGAAAGGAAGUGGAUAUUUUGAGAUUGUUGAAAGCGGAGCAUCUAUUGUGACCGGACGGAUAUAUACAAAAAAGGAUGUUGGACAAGAUUUCCGUGUGCUUCCAGAUGAGCCUGAAUCUACAGGACCCAAUAUUAAACACCUACUUACAAAGGACUUCUACAAGGAGUUACGUCUGAGAGGUUACCAGUAUAGUGGCCUCUUCAGAGGUAUAAUCGGAUGUAACGUGGAUGGAACCCGUGGCCGCUUAGCCUGGGUCAACAACUGGGUCACCUUCAUGGAUUGUAUGCUGCAGAUGAAGAUGAUCGCAAAAGAUACCAGAGGACUAUUCGUACCCACGAGGAUUGAGAAACUGUCAAUUGAUGUAAAUAUGCACUACGACGCUGUAUCUAAAAUGAACCUUGAUUCUACGAAGCAAUCAUUUGAGAUCCGAGUGUAUCCUGAUAUUGACGUUAUCAGAGCUGGUGGAGUAGAAAUUCGAGGUUUACACGCCACACCGAUUUCAAGAAGGAUUCCUAUUGGCGUACCAGUUUUAGAAAAGAACGUAUUCAUUCCCAAUAUCGGAAAGUCUAAGAUGAAGAUUGAAGAAAUUCUUAGAAGCAACGUUCAGCUGGUUCUGGAAAAUAUACAAACUUAUAAAGUUAAAAGUAUUGAAAUCGUUGACGAUGAGUAUAAAACUAACGGAUUCGAACCGAUACUGGGUAAAGUCGCAGACGUCUUAAGUGACCUGCCUUUGGUACAAGCUGAAUUGUCUGUUAUCUCUGAGGAUGCUAUUGAAAUGCCAUCAAACAUUCUCGUGGAAAAUAAAAAGUUGAUUGGAGAAAACAAUUCUCUCAUCCUUAUUGGUGCUAAUCUACUUAAGAGGCCUGAAGUGCUUAAAGAUGCGUUACCAGUUCUCCGCGACCAAGGGUUUAUCAUGAGCCGUGAAAAAGAACCUAUUAAUCCGAAAGAUUUCUCUCAUAAAUACGACAUAAUAACCGUACAAGAUACUGGCUUCGAAUACGUGGUCCUCUUCCGAAAAAGAGUUCGUGCAAAGCCAACAAAAUUUAUCAAUAUCAUAUCAACCGAUGAAACAUACGCUUGGGUAGACAAAGUUAAGGAUGAACUUAAAGUUGGACAAAAAGUGGUUUUAUAUAGUCAAAAUGAGCCUAUAAAUGGACUAUUAGGGCUCAUAAAUUGUUUGAGGAAAGAACCUGGUGGUGAAAUAGUCUAUGGUCUAUUAAUUGCCGACCCGUCGGCACCGCCAUUUAAUCCAGAUUUAGAAUUCUAUGAACAACAUUUGGAUAAAGAUUUGGCUAUAAAUGUUUAUCAAAAAGGUCAAUGGGGCACGUACCGUCACUUACUCCUCGGUGACUUGGAUACAGUCAAGGCUCACCACGCUUACGUGAACACCGUCACUAUUGGAGACCUCUCUUCGCUGACCUGGCUGGAGGGACCUAUCAGAGUGAAUCCAGUUUUAAAGAACCCAGAAAAUAUUCUUAUACAUGUAUAUUGCACAGCUUUAAACUUCCGCGACAUAAUGACGGCAAUGGGGCGCGUGUCAGUCGAUGCCGUCGCAAAAGGCAGGCUUGCGCAAGAGUGCGUGCAAGGGUUUGAAAUCGUCGGCAGAACGUGCAAUGGUACUCGAGUUAUGGGUAUGGUAAGGAACAGCGGUUUGGCUAACAUGGUGGUAGGAGAGAAGGCGCUCUUAUGGAGUUUCCCUGAUGAAUGGACUUUCGAAGAGGCUACCACUGUUCCUGUGGUAUACGGAACUGUAUACUAUGCCUUGGUGAUGGUGGGCCAGAUCCAAAGAGGAGAAUCAAUUUUGAUCCACGCUGGUUCUGGUGGUGUUGGUCAGGCAGCUAUUAGCGUCGCUCUUCACUUCGGAUGUUCAGUGUUCACUACUGUUGGUACACCGGAGAAACGAGCCUUUAUUAAGAAGCUUUUCCCCCAACUUAAAGACAGUCAUAUCGGUAAUUCUCGUGACACAUCCUUCGAAGACAUGGUCAGGAAAGAAACCAAUGGAAGGGGAGUAGAUAUGGUCCUCAAUUCACUUGCUGAUGAGAAAUUACAGGCAUCGAUUCGCUGUCUCGCCUAUCGUGGCCGCUUCCUAGAAAUCGGAAAGUUCGACAUCGGCAACAACACACUCAUCGGCAUGUCCGCCGUCCACAAAGAAAUCUCCUUCCAUGGAAUUAUGCUGGAUUUCAUCUUCGAUCAAGGCGAUGAUUUUAGAAAGACCCUUCAAGAUCUACUUUUAUCUGGUAUUUUGAGCGGUGCUGUCCGUCCGCUUACAUACUGCACUUUCGAGAAAAACCAAAUCGAGACCGCAUUUAGAUAUAUGGCUGCUGGAAAACAUAUCGGAAAGGUGAUUAUUAAAAUCCGUGAAGAGGAACGAGGCGUUCGUUUUACAAAACCAAAGAACAUAUGCAUGGAAGCUGUUCCUAGAUACAUGUGUGAUGAAGAAUUAGUGUACAUAAUCGUGGGAGGUCUCGGUGGCUUCGGUCUAGAGCUUGCAGAUUGGCUCAUCAUAAGGGGAGCCAGGAAAGUGUUGCUUACCUCGAGGAGAGGAAUCAGUAAUGGUUACCAAUCGUCUCGGCUGAGAGCGUGGUCGGGUUAUGGUGCUGAUGUACAAAUUUCAACUCAUGACGUCACAACAGAGGAAGGAUGUGAACAAAUGUUGAAUAUGGCUAACGCUAUGGGAACGGUUGAGGCGAUAUUUAACUUGGCCGUGAUAUUGAAAGAUUCACUUUUCCAGAAUCAGACACCACAGUCUUUUAAGGCUUCGUUUGCUCCCAAAGCACUGGCUACAAUGAAUCUGGACAAGCUGUCAAGGGAACUCUGUCCUAAGUUGAGGGACUUCGUGAUAUUCUCAUCCGUGUCUUGCGGUCGUGGUAACCCUGGUCAGACCAACUAUGGUUUCUCUAACUCCGUAAUGGAGAGGAUCUGCGAGUCAAGAAAGAAGUGUGGCCUCCCCGCUCUCGCCGUGCAAUGGGGUGCUGUCGGUGACGUGGGUCUCGUAGCCGACAUGCAAGAUGAAGACGUCCAAUUAGAGAUCGGUGGCACUCUCCAACAAAGGAUUUCCUCCUGUCUCCUCACUCUCGACAAGUUCUUGAAACAGGAUUCCGUGAUUGUGUCCUCAAUAGUGGUAGCUGAAAAAAAGAUUGGAGGUUCUGGAUGUGAAACUGUUGUGGAUGCAGUCGCGCAGAUUAUAGGUAUCAAAGAUUUAAAGACAGUAUCUCAGCAAGUGGCUCUUGCUGAACUGGGCAUGGACAGUAUGAUGGCGGUCGAGAUCAAACAGACCUUAGAGCGAGAAUUCGAGAUAUUUCUGACAGCGCAGGAUAUCAGAACAUUGACAUUUGCAAGGUUAGAAGAACUAUCAGCUCAAAGAGAGACAGAAGCAUCGGCAUCAUCAGCACGUCCCGUGAUCCUUGAUGAGGCGGCUGGUCUCAGAGUUCUGAUGAGGAAUUUUGGUGAUGAAAAUUUGGCAUCUGAACCUUUUAUAUACAUGCCGUCUAUGGUCAGCGAUGGCUCUGAGACAGAUAUACAAGUAUCAGUUCACAGCGAAGGGUUGAUAAUGUUCAUGCUGCCCGGUAUAGAAGGUUGUGCUGCAGGAAUGGCGGCCUUAUGUCGUAGGCUUAAGAUUAAGAUUUGUGUCUUGCAGUUCGGCAAUGAAGAGAAGGGGGAUACCUUGGACACUUUAGUCACUAGAUUACACAAGGAAGUAAAAUCAAAAUUAAGCCCUGGAAGUCCAUACAUACUUCUCGGAUACAGUUUUGGUACCCUACCAAUGUUGAAAUUGGCAGGCGUAUUAGAAAGUGAAGGUCAUACCGGCACAGUAUUUUGCUUGGAUGGCAGUCCGGAUUACCUCUACGACAUACUGACAUUAACAAUGUCCGCCACAAGCGACACUCAGUUGCAGAACAGUCUGAUUUGUUUCACUAUCGACAUGGUCUCACCUAAAAAUGACGUCACCGGGACAAUAAUGAAGAAGUUGAAAGAAAUCGAAUCAUUUCACGAGAGAGUUAAAUAUGCUGUAAAAUUAUGCCCCAGACAGAAGAAAUACUCUGAUAAAUUUGUAGAAUCGAUUGCAUAUUCAAGUUUCGAUCGUCUUAAAAUGAUCCUCGGUCAACCCAAACUGAAGAAGAUCAAGGCUCCAAUUGUUCUAAUGCGUCCGGAUGUUAAUCCAUCAUUUUUGGAGAUUGAAGAGAAUUAUGGUCUGGACAAAUAUACUGAAGGUUCCGUGACCGUUCAUCUCGUAGAAGGUAACCAUGUCAGUAUAAUUGAUAAUAAAGAAUGUGCAAACAUUAUCAAUAAAGUUUUAGUUGGUCAAGAUGAAGCAAAGAUUGGACUGAAUCAUGUAACGAGUAUGGUCGAUAAACCGCUUUCAGUAGAAGUUUAA